GUUGAUCCAGGUGGAAUCCCGCGAUCGCAAACAGCGAAAGGAAUAUUUCUCCACAGUGCACUCGAAUCAAGCACGGAACCUUAUACAUUGCCUUGCAAGCUAGAUAUUAUCAGACUAGUCACCCCGUGGUGGCCGUUGAAGACGCCUUGCUCGAUCCAGCCAGAGAUGCGGUGACCGACAGCACCACGAAGCAGCUUGUGUCCGCAAUGGACGCCUAUCCGGAAGACUAUGUCACCCACAACCUUCCAUUUAUUUUGCUCUCCGGUCUUGAGGCAAACUCAGACGAUGACCUGCAAGGUGUGCGGGCCGACUAUCCUCUCCUCCGGGAGAAGGGCGUGAAGAUAUACUCGGAUUUCCCGUCCUUGAGCGGCCCAGUCGCGGGGGAAUUACGGCGUGUGCUCCUAGAAGAGGACGCUUCCCGUGUCCCAUGGGACCUGAGGGAUGACGCAUAUGAGAAUCCAUCAAAGUUCAAGUACAAAAUCAAGAGUGUUGGACGGUCCUACAGUCUCCCCCCGCGCAAAGCCGAUCCCCCACCCGUAUCUACCCCGACGAGCCCAACGGCCGGACAAGACAGUGACAUAUCGCGUGGAACAUCCUUUGUUCUUCAUUCGCCUAUAUCUCCGCUGACGCCGAGCUCGCCAACUUUCCCGGAUGGCCUGCUUAGCCCUCUAUGGGUCACGAAGCACCAGGACCUCGUUCCUGCGGCAGUAAUCAACUUCUUCCCCUUUUGCUUCGACCCUAAUAUGAGCUCGCUGCGCGACAACCAACUCAAGAUAGAAAUAAAUGAGCUGAAGAAGGAAUGGGUCUCUUCUACCUACAAGACUCGGUCUAUAGUUGUCCUCCUGUCGGAGGAGAGCACAGGCAACUAUGUUGGGGAUGCCGAGGACAGAAUGGCAAGCAUCCGGAGGGCAACCAACCUAGAUCAGAAAUCCAUCUUUCUCCUUCCAUCCGAUGCGACUUCGGUGGAACUGAAGGAGUUUGCAACAUCACUGUUGUCUCUUCUUCAGCCAUCGGUGAUGGAAUACUACCGGGAUCUUUCAAAGCACGCCAGGCGCAAACGAAACCGAGGCACCAUUCCGCCGCCGACAGCGCCGCCGACAAGUGGAACCUCCCAGACCUUGUCGACUCAGGGGUGGAAUGUCCGAUACGAAUUCAAACUGGGAAUUUUUGCGGAAUUCCGCCAAGAAAUAGAUGCAGCAUUGAGAAAUUACGAAAGCGCAUACGAGACUUUAUUCGGACAAGAGGUAUUCGAAUACAUAGCUGGCUGGAACCCUAGAUUCAAUGAUGCACGUCUUUUAGGUGACGCGUUGGCCGUACGCAUCGUUCGCUGCUUGCUGCUGACGGGACAAACAACUCUCGCGGUGCGGUCUUGGGCGGGUCAUCGAAACCGCUCAAAAGACAUCAUCGAUCGUCGAGGCAAAGGCACCAAAAACUAUGGCUGGGAAGCCUGGGAAGCCAGAUGGUCAAUGGUAAUGGCUCAACUAGUCCGUCAAGCCGGUAUCCCACACUUCACCUCGCUGGGUAUCCCCCAGGAUCAGUUCCAAGAGCAAUACUCCAUCUUCGUCCCACGCGACAAGUCUAUAUCGACGCCAGACGCGUACAUUCCGUGGGAACAGCUUCACCACGAGGGAUAUUGGUUUUAUCGAUCGGCACAACACACCAAGUAUCGUCGAAUUCUGGCGGAGCAAAUCCCGGAGGAUGAUCGAUUAUCUCCCGGGCAGUCCCCUGCUUCACAGAUCGCAAAUAAGUCUUACUUGUAUGACACCUACCUGGUGCCUGAGCCCCAUGUUGAAGCACCCCAGCCAGGAGCGAGGGGUUUCAAUCACUCAUUGAUGAGAUUAGAUGCGCUGAAAGCGGCACUCGAGGAGUUCUCUAAGAGAGACCAAACUCGGAAAGCAGAGAGUCUUUGCUUGGAGAUUGCAGAAGAACACAUGCGUCUAGGCUCAUGGUCGGAGGCCUAUGAAAUUCUUCACCCACUGUGGCCAACCUUGUCGUGGCGGCGCUCGGGCUGGUGGCAGCUCAUGGCACAAUUCGGCUGGGCCUUGCGGGAAUGUGCCUUGCGAGUACACGACAGCGAUAUGGUUCUGCGGGUUGAUUGGGAACUGCUACACAAGGUAUUUCCACCGCGGCCUGAGUGGCCUUACGACCUCCACAGCAGCCUUGAGAGCGUUCCUUUGGUAAAGCCCAAGCCAUCGGUUGUCAUGCGCGCGGAGGAUAUAACAUCUAGCGUCACGGCAUCUUUCGUAUUCCAAAGACCAGAAGGGAAUGUUGGCGAGUCGUUGAAGGGCCAACUCGUGAUAUCCUCGUGCGCCCAGCCAUCAGCAAGCCCCAUCAGGUUCUCCGAGGUUAAAGUCAUUUUCGAGGGUUGCCUUCGCUCAAUAAGACUUCAAGCUGAUCACAACCUGGAUGCUGACCAAACUGUCCCUUGCACAAUACUGUCGCCAUCUCUACGUGAUCCUACCAUAGCAGAAGAUCCAUCGUCUCUUCAAUCACCCACCAGUGGGCUGGCGGCCUUGACUGGGGUUGCCGAUCUGACUCUCGGGCCUUCCCAGACGAAGGUGUAUGACAUUACAUGUAUUCCUAGAGAAGCCGGGGAGUCGCGCGUUGCAUCGAUAACUCUAACAGUUGAAGAAGAAAAGUUUGAUCUUGCCAGCGCUAUAACUGAUCUGACCCAAUCUCAGUCAUAUUGGUGGCAACAGACCACGAAGGGCCCAAGCCGACGACGCGUGGGUAAAGGCCGUGAUACUGUCCGGUGCAAGAUACUGCCCAAACCGCCAAAGAUACGGAUAGAGCUACUAAAUCUCCGGGGCACAUACUACACGAACGAACAAAUUGUCCUCCGGGUUGGCAUUCAUAACGAAGAAGACGAAGCUGCAGAUGUUUCCGCUGAGACUAGACUUUUCGGUCGUCCCGAGUCAGCGGCCAAGAUCCGAUGGUUCGAUGAGGAGAGUUCCUCGGAGAUGCACGCUUCUGGGGAAAGCACCCCAACUGAAGGCGUCUCUCAUUACAUCAAACGGAUUAUAGGCGUGAUGGAGCGCUCCUCUCAUCAAGAGCUAUUGAUUGUGGUCACAGACACCAAUGAUGCUUCGAAUUACGAGCUAGAAAUAUCCACUGUAUACAACCUAAUCUCUGAUACCCAGACGCCUAUCAUCGCAACCAUGCGUGUUGGCUUAACCAUCACCCGGCCGUUCGAGGCUAAUUACGAAUUUCUCCCACGCAUUCAUCCUCAGUCCUGGCCGGAUUUCUUCACCGUGGAAGACGAUUUGCUCACGAAUGGGGAGGAAUCCAGACCCGGGGGUUUGCAACAGAGAUGGUGUCUCAACUCCAAGGUUGUCUCUUUUGCGUUGGAACCUCUGGUUAUCGAGAAGAUGUCAUUGACGUUGCUCGGGCUCAGCGGCGCAGCCUCCAGCCUCAUCGGGCCGGAGGAGGCCAUCAACCCCGAGGUGGUGGAGAUCCAUCCGGAAGAGCUUCGCGAGUCGAACUUCAUCGUCGAUGUCCAGAAGGAGAUACUGGGUGACCGCCGAUCCACAGCCUUGAACCUCGCCCUAGAAAUCCAGUGGAGGCGGAGUGCAGCCGAUGAUGGCCCGCUCACUAACGGUUCCGCCGUCACCGCAUCCACGCUUGCUAUCCCCCGCUUUGUUAUUCCGGCCGGUGAGCCUCGGGUGCUCGCCUCGGCCAAGGCCUCCAAUACGCUGUCCGGGUUGAUCCAUCUUGACUACACGCUAGAGAACCCGUCGAUGCACUUUCUGACUUUCAAUUUGAACAUGGAAGCCAGUGAGAAUUUCGCGUUCAGUGGGCCGAAGACGAUGGUGGUCCAGUUGGUGCCCUUGAGCCGGCAAACGGUCCGGUAUAACUUGCUGGCGUCCAAACGAGGCUUGUGGAUCCAACCCCAGCUCGUUGUGGUGGAUACGUACUUCAACAAGACGCUGCGGGUACUUCCGACGGAGGAGAUGCGAUCGGAUAAGAAAGGGAUAUUAGUCUGGGUUGAUGCGGAGGAUUAACCGAGGAGGUAGUAUAUUGCAACAAUGAAUUACAUAUUGUAGAUACUUGGU